AUGCCCGCGGCUGUCGAGGCGAUGGCAACUACACCGAAUUCACAGAGCGCUAUGGAUGCGAGUAAUGCGGAUAAAAAGCGUAACAAGUUGGGGUAUCAUCGGACAUCUGUCGCAUGUGUGCACUGCCGACGACGAAAGAUUCGAUGUUUGGUAGCUCCGGACGAUUCGCAAGGACGAUGUGAAAAUUGUAUUCGAUUGCGAAAGGAAUGUCAAUUUUUCCCGGUCGACCAACAGCCUCCAAUUGAGAAAAAGUCGCGGCCGACCUCGCGACUGGAGACGCAACCACCGGCAGAUCACUCGACGACGUCAAUUGCUUCGUCACCGACCAAUGUGAAAUUCGAUUCUGCGGAACCUUUCUAUCCGUAUCCGCAAAUUCCUUUGAAUGUGUCAUCUGGUCAGGAUAUCUCUACUUUUAACCCAGCCGUGUAUGCUGGUCACCCCAUGUCGGGCUUUGCGCCAGAUCGACCAAUGGGCGGGGAAUUCCCAACGCAUCCCACGAUGGAAACGGGUGUCCCAUGGGAUGAAUUCACAACGAUAUCAGACCCCCAAAUGUUGGCCACAAUGGCCGCGAAUAAGAGCCAGAUGAUGAAUCUAUCACCGAACGUCUGGACUUCCGGCUCAGUACCAACCGGCUUGUCACCCAGCUCACCAAUGUCCGGCGCGUCUCCAAUGUCCGCUCAAGCACAGCCUAUGAACACUCCCACCUACGCCAUGCAGCCCGACGGAACAGUGUGGCAAGUCCCACCACCACCGCAACAACCAUCAAGAGCGAUGAGCUACCCCGGUCAGGAAAUGAGUCCCUCCUAUCAAAAUCAAUUUCAACCUCAAAUGCCUCCAGACCUGAAGAGGAGAAUGACAACACCCGCCCAGUCCCUUUCCGCUUCAAGUACCGGUGCACACAGCUCGCCUGGUUCAGCGUCUGAUAUGCAACCUCCAGGCCCAGUACCUUACCCACCUCAACCAGGCAUGGAGUAUGCUCAGUGGCCCAUGAACACCAUACCACAGGGUUUUCCAUACCCCAUAUACGCAGGCGAAGCGGUUCCACAACAACCUUUUCCCACUAACCCUCCGAUGGGACAUCCGGGGGCUUCGGGACGUUCAGGACCUUGA